AUGGGUAAAAGUACAAAGAACCCAAGUGGGAUGAAGGUUGAACCGAAGAUUAUUUCCGAAAACCCUGACAAGGGUUCUCGUGUGAGUGGAAAAUGGUGGAAAUCAGAAAAGAAAGCAUUCAGAAUCAAAUCUCUUGGAGUAAAAUCUUCAUGGCAAAAAAAGCAGGAACAGAGACUCAAAGAUAAGGAGUUCAAAGAGAAGCUGGCUGCUCUCAAAGAGGAGAAGGAAAAUAAGCGGAAAGAGCAUAUUGAGAAAAUAAAAGAAAGACGUAAGAAGAAGGAAGAGAAAGAGCGGUACGAAUAUCUUGCGACGAAGAUGCAUAAGAAAAAGCUUGAUAGGCUUAAAAGAAGGGAGAAACGGAAUAAGCUUCUUAGUGAGCGUUGA